AUGAACAAAUGCAGUGGAACUGGCUUCGAGGUCCAGAGAGAGGCCAGCUACAUCCACCCUCCUCCUCAGGGAGAGGCCAGCUACAUCCACCCUCCUCCUCAAGGAGAGGCCAGCUACAUCACCCCCCCCCCCCCCCCCCCCCUCAAGGAGAGGCCAGCUAACAUCCACCCUCCUCCUCAGGGAGAGGCCAGCUACAUCCACCCUCCACCCCCCCCCCCCCCCCCUCAAGGAGAGGCCAGCUACAUCCACCCUCCUCCUCAGGGAGAGGCCAGUUACAUCCACCCUCCUCCUCAGGGAGAGGCCAGCUACAUCCACCCUCCUCCUCAGGGAGAGGCCAGUUACAUCCACCCUCCUCCUCAGGGAGAGGCCAGCUACAUCCACCCACCUCCUCAAGGAGAGGCCAGUUACAUCCACCCUCCUCCUCAGGGAGAGGCCAGCUACAUCCACCCUCCUCCUCAGGGAGAGGCCAGCUACAUCCACCCUCCUCCUCAGGGAGAGGCCAGUUACAUCCACCCUCCUCCUCAGGGAGAGGCCAGCUACAUCCACCCUCCUCCUCAGGGAGAGGCCAGCUACAUCCACCCUCCUCCUCAGGGAGAGGCCAGUUACAUCCACCCUCCUCCUCAGGGAGAGGCCAGCUACAUCCACCCUCCUCCUCAGGGAGAGGCCAGCUACAUCCACCCUCCUCCUCAGGGAGAGGCCAGUUACAUCCACCCUCCUCCUCAGGGAGAGGCCAGCUACAUCCACCCUCCUCCUCAGGGAGAGGCCAGCUACAUCCGCCCUCCUCCUCAGGGAGAGCCCAGCUACAUCCACCCUCCUCCUCAGGGAGAGGCCAGCUACAUCCGCCCUCCUCCUCAGGGAGAGGCCAGUUACAUCCACCCUCCUCCUCAGGGAGAGGCCAGCUACAUCCCCCCUCCUCCUCAAGGAGAGGCCAGCUACAUCACACCCUACCAUCACAUCACACAACAGGCACUAUCAAUGGACAUGCUUGCCAUCUUGAGAUGA